AUGGUAUACCUCCGUAGCCAAGCCAUCGCCGCCCGCGAGAUCGCAGCAAAGCCAGCAACCGAGUGCCACUUCUCCAAGAUACCUCCAGAGUCUCGUGUCGAGAUCUACAAGCUCACUCUCACCGGUGUCACCGAUGAUCUCGAGAAGCUCAAACGUCCACAGCUGCUCAACGUUUGCCAACGCAUUCAAGUCGAGUCUCUCGACAUCUACCGUAAGGAGGUCACGGACGCGCUCCAAGAAAGCAAAACUACGCGCGAUGAGAUGUGGAAAGCUUUCAAGAGCUUUGUAGGCAGUGUGAGAGGCAGGAGUGCCGCAGAAUGUCGCUAUCACGUGGCACGUCUCGAUCAUAAGAAGAGUCAGGAGAUCGCAGAGAAGGAGUUGAGGUGGAUUGAAGAGGAGAUGGAGAAGCUCGAUUGA